GCCAGAGCUCCCUCCUCCUGCUCCGCCGCCGCGGUUUAUUCUGCUUCUGCUUGUUUCUAUCAUGCGUGUCAGCCAUGUUUCCCUUCUGCUGCUCUCUCUGCUGUGCAUCGGACUGAGCUCCCAGACUGAGCCGGAGACGGAUGAGGUGGUUCCCAGGCUGCUGUCCGGGCAGGAGGCGCACCUGUCCCCGGAGCUCCGCGGGCGCACGCUGCGCCACCGCGGCCAGCGCUCCCUGGACGCGCGCUCCGACCCCGACCCCGACUCCGACCCCGACCACAUCAUCCUGUCCCUGCCCGCCUUCGGGAGCGACCUGUACUUGAAUCUGAGCCGGGACAGCGGGUUUCUGUCCGGGGACUUCGUGGUGGAGGAGCGGCGCCGGGAGCAGAGCGCAGCGGUCCGCCGGCGGCUCUCCACGCAGCAGCUCUGCUUCUACUCCGGGUCCAUCAUCAACCACACCGACUCCCUGGCAUCCGUGAGCACCUGCGGCGGCCUGACCGGCCUCAUCCAGAUCGGGGAGGAGAGCCUGUUCAUCCGGCCGCUGGGGGACCCCGACCCCUCGCAGUCGUUCUCCGGACUGAAGCACCAGCUGCUGCGACAGCGGCGCUCCGCCCAGAGCGGCUCUGCUCCGGACGCCCAGCAGCAGCAGCACUACUGCGGGACGGUGCAGGGGAAGAAGAAGGAGAAGAGGUCAAAAGUUAGCGAGGAGGGUCGUGGGAAGAGGAACGCCAUCCGCCUGCACGGGGCGUACACGGUGGAGACGGUGGUGGUGGCCGACUCGGACAUGGUGCAGUACCACGGCGCCGAGGCGGCGCAGCGCUUCCUGCUGACUGUCAUGAACAUGGUCUACAACAUGUUUCACCACCAGAGCCUCGGAGUCAGGAUCAACAUUCGAGUGACGAAGCUCGUGCUGCUGCACAGCCGCCCCGACAAGCUGAAGGUGGGCCAUCAUGGAGAGCGGUCUUUGGAGAGCUUCUGCCACUGGCAGUACCAGGAGUUCGGAGGGCCUCGGUACCUCGGGACCAACCACGUUCCUGGUGGGAGAGACGACACCCCCCCAGUGGAUACGGCCGUGCUGGUUACCAGGACAGAUUUCUGCGUUCAUAAAGAUGAACCCUGUGACACUGUGGGUAUUGCUUAUCUGGGAGGCAUCUGCAGCGCCAAGCGGAAGUGUGUCCUCGCAGAGGACAAUGGACUCAAUUUGGCCUUCACCAUCGCCCACGAGCUGGGACACAACAUGGGAAUGAGCCACGAUGACGACCACGCCACCUGCACCGGACACUCCCACAUCAUGUCCGGCGAGUGGGUGAAGGGCAGAAACCCCAGCGACCUGUCCUGGUCCUCCUGCAGCCGUGAUGACCUGGAGAACUUCCUCAGAUCCAAAGCCAGCGCCUGCCUGCUGCACACAGACCCCCGGAGCCGCUACCAGGUCCGGCUGCCGCCCAAGCUGCCGGGCAUGCACUACAGCGUGGACGAGCAGUGCCAGAUCCUCUUCGGGACCAACGCCACCUUCUGCAACGACAUGGAGCACCUCAUGUGUGCUGGCCUGUGGUGUUUAGUGGAGGGAGACACGUCCUGCAAGACCAAGCUGGAUCCCCCGCUGGACGGGACGGAGUGUGGCGCCGACAAGUGGUGCAGGGCAGGCGACUGUGUCAGUAAGACUCCCAUCCCUCAGCACGUGGACGGGGACUGGAGCCCCUGGAGCCAGUGGAGCAUGUGCAGCCGGACCUGCGGUACUGGAGUCCAGUUCAGACAGAGGAAAUGUGACAACCCUCCGCCGGGUCCGGGAGGCCGGCACUGCCCCAAGGCCAGCGUGGAGCACAAGGCCUGUGAAGGUCCUCCAUGUCCCAAAGGAGUGCCGAGCUUCAGAGACCUGCAGUGCCUCUCCUACGACCGCUACGCCGCCAAGAAGAAGGGCAACGUGCUGACUGCCAUUAUUAAUGACGAAAAGCCGUGUGUGUUGUUCUGCAGUCCCGCUGGUCGAGACGUCCCGGUGCUGAUGGCUGACAGAGUGAUGGAUGGAACUCCCUGUGGACCGUAUGAGGCUGACCUGUGUGUUAAUGGGAGAUGUCAGAAAAUCGGCUGUGACGGCAUCAUCGGCUCCUCGGCCAAAGAGGACCGCUGUGGCGUUUGUAACGGAGACGGACGCUCCUGUAGGAUUGUGAGAGGAGACUUCAACCACACCAAGGGAAUGGUUACCAGUAGGCAGUGUAAGAGGGUAUCUACCUGUGUGAUGGCUAAACCCAGAGCCGUCCCCAAGUGUUUCUCAUGCUACAUCGAGGCGGUGGUCAUCCCCGCGGGAGCCCGGAGGAUCAAAGUGGUGGAGGACAAACCUUCACACAGCUUUCUGGCCCUGAAAGACUCCAGCAAGAGGUCCAUCAACAACGACUGGAAGAUCGAGCUUCCAGGAGAGUUCGAGCUGGCCGGCACCACGGUGCGCUACGUUCGCCGGGGGCUGUGGGAGAAGAUGUCUGCCAAGGGACCCACUAAGACUCCCUUACACCUGAUGGUGCUUCUCUUCCACGACCAGAGCUACGGCAUUCACUACGAGUACACCGUGUCUCUGAACACCAGUCAGGAGCGGAGCGGCGAGGAGCCCAGAGAGCCGGAGUACCUGUACAUCUGGACGCACAGCAGCUGGCAGGACUGCACGGUCCAGUGUGGAGGAGGAGAGAGGAGGACGGUGGUCUCCUGUAUGAGGAUCGCCAAUAAGACCAUGGAGGUGGUCAACGACAGCUACUGUCAGCCUGAGAACAGACCACAGCCCCAAGUACGGACCUGCAACUCCCACCCCUGCCAGUACCGGUGGGUGACCGGGGAGUGGGGGUCCUGCUCCGCCACCUGUGGUAAGGGUCUGCAGCGGCGGGAGGUGGUGUGUGUGUACCACCUCCAGAACGGCUCGCUCAUCAACACCCGGGACCUGUACUGCCAGGGGGGGAAACCUCCGGUCCUGCAGGGCUGCGAGGGCCGCCUCUGCCUCACGGUGUGGGAGGCGUCCGAGUGGUCCAAGUGCUCGUCCAGCUGUGGGCAGGGCGUUCGCAGGCGCACCGUGACCUGCACCAACCCCCAGGGCCUCUGCGACCCGCUGUCCCAGCCCACCAAGGAGGAGUCCUGCGAGGACCACUCCAGAUGCUACGAGUGGAAAACCGGCGACUGGUCCAAGUGCUCGUCGUCCUGUGGGAAGGGCCUGCAGUCACGAGUGGUCCAGUGCAUGCAUAAAGUGACCGGUCGCCACGGUAACGACUGCCCCGUGAUGCUGAGACCCCCGACCUACCGACCCUGCCACCAGGGGACCUGCAAUGAGAAAGUUAAUGUGAACACCAUCACUUCCCCCAGGCUAGCUGCUCUUACCUACAAAUGCAUGGGGGACCAGUGGACGGUGUACUGCCGCGUGAUCCGGGAGAAGAACCUCUGCCAGGACAUGAGGUGGUACCAGCGCUGCUGUGAAACCUGUAGGGACUUUUACGCCAAGAAAAUAGUGCACAAGAGCUAAUGACCAAAAUGCACAUACUCUCGUCCUUUUGUAAAUGUUUUUAACGUUGUUAAAUGUUGUAUAAAAAAAAAGUCCGUUUCUAAUAUGGAUGAAACUUUUUGUAUUUAAAAGAAAAAAAAAAUGCAGGUAUACGCAAGUGUACAUUUGAAAUGAGCUCAUUAAGCUUCUCGUUUUGAUGAAGACUUGAAGAUGAUCAACAUUACUUUUGCUGUACACCAAAAAAAAAAAAAAGAAAGAAAAACCUACAUGAAAUUAUCGGGGGA